AACGCUACAUGCUUCAGGAAGUCCGCUGUGUAAGUCUGUUUUUAUAAUGGCCGCUUCUAAAAUGUCAAGCGUGCUGCUGAUGUGCUGGAUUACUCUCUUUGUGACGACAGACUCCAGCCCUACAGAGUCUCCUGUUUAUGGCCAAAGGGGAGCAUCUGUUAAUCUCACAGUGGAAGGUCUUCGGGAUCUACAGAUCAUAAGAAUAACAUGGAAGUAUAAUAAUACAGACAUACUGGAACACUCAAUGGAUAGUAGUCCUUCAUAUUACAACAGAGAUUAUACAGAGAAGAUACAGUUUGACAGUAGCGACUUCUCUUUGCUCAUUAAGAACCUAGACGAGACAAACCGGGGCACCUAUACUGCUGUAAUAAAAGAUAAAAAUAGGAACGACUUUGUAAAAGCCAAAUACCAUUUACAUGUACUAGAGGCUGUUUCCAAACCAGUUAUUAAGCCACUUUCAUUAAGCUCUGCUGAAGGAUUCUGCAAUGUGUCAGUGAACUGCUCUGUGAGGGACAGCUGGGUCUAUUACACCUGUAACCAAACCCAGUGCUCACAGACAGAGCCCCAGUCCUGGCCAGAUGUGAACAUCACUGUCACUGUUUAUAAUGGAAACAUCACCUGCACAGGCAGCAACCGGGUCAGCAAGGAGACCCAGUCAGAACCACUGGGACAUGCAUGUGAGUGUAUGAUGAUGAAUUUGAUCAUUACUUAUAUUAGGACACUGAAACACAACUGUCACUUGCAUUUUAAACUGUCUGGUGUUUGAAGCUGAUGUAUGUUGUGCUGAAAUUAAAAACAGCAGUUUUGCAUCUUAACUGGAUUAUAAUCACCUUGGGCCACAAAUGUUUAUUUUCUCUCUUUUUUGUGUUAAUUUACCCAUUAUUAUUAUCAUUAUUAUUAUUAUUAUUAUCACUUUUCAUACAAUGCUGUUAUGGAAAUGAUCCAGUCUUUCAGAAACUGUCUGUAAGACAAACCAGCAUGACCUCAUAUGACUAUGAUGAAGGAUCAUCUCCAGUAACAGAUAAAACACUGCAGACUGUAAAAGCUCAGCAGGAUGUUCAUGGUUUUCAGUUUUUCCCAUGAGCUGCCCCAGGUAUACUUACAGAAUUCAUAAGAUAUCAUAUAGCAACUAGCAACAUAAAACAUUGAGUUUAUAAGAUACCAUUUAGAAAGCAACACAAA